AUGGCUGGUGCCGUGGUCUCAAAACGAAGUGCGAGACAGUUCCUCGAAGACGAGGGCGGCCAUCCCGCAGAACAUCCCACCUACCACCCCGCGAGACGUAACUCGAAGCAAGACGAUCCCAUUCCUACUGAGAUGGCCGACAAGUACCAAAUCAAGGGCCCUUCGCGGCAAGGAUCACGCGAGUCUGUGGCCGGCUCCGACUCUACAAUGGAGAUUACCAUACAGCAGCAGAUCAUGAUGAAGGCGAUGGAAGACGAAUCCCAAACGCCUGCUACUACUGGAGAGAAGACGCUGGCCAGGCGCGAAGAUGGGCUUCUCAAGGUCAACGACCUGUCGAAGUCCCCCCUGGCCUCGCCCAUGUCCCCUGGCAUUGAGCGAGUCUUGCCUAUUGACGGACGCCCCAUCAACUUUGGCGUUGUUGUCCCUGGAGUCUACCGAAGCAGCUACCCCAAGCCCGAGGAUUUUGGCUUCAUCCGCAAUCUUGGCCUCAAGUCAAUCGUUACUCUUGUCCAAAAGGACGAUGUUGAUGAGCCUUACACUGCUUUCAUGUCAAGCAACGGUAUUCGUCACCACGUCUUCAACAUGAAGGGUACUAAGAAGGAGGCCAUUCCUAUCCGUACGAUGAAGUCAAUUCUCCGGCUCGUUCUGGAUCGACAGCACCAUCCUCUGCUCAUUCACUGCAACCACGGCAAGCACCGCACUGGCUGUGUUGUUGGCGUGGUCCGCAAGGUGACUGGCUGGGAGCUCAACACCAUCAUCGAUGAGUACCGGGCAUAUGCCGAGCCCAAGAUCAGAGACUGUGACGUUAAGUACCUCACCGACUUUGAUCUCUCAGAUCUCUCCAACCUUUUUGUCCACGAAGCGAACAUGCGGUUUCGGAUCCGGCACUUUAUGAGAGUGACGCUCUUCACUGUCUUUGUCGUCUUCGUCUGGUUCAUCUCGGGGCAUAGAAUGCAGACGACAGCCAGACGCGUCAAAGAAGUGAAAUAA